CCUAAGUUUAAACCAUUUGAACCAAAAUAGGAUAAUGCCUGUGAAAUUACACACAUAAAAUAGUGUCAACAGAGAUCAGCUCACUCGGUCGGUCUCUUCGCAUUUUUUGGAAUCUGCUCCUAUUCUCCUCUGUUCUUCUAUCAUCUUCACCUGGGAGAAAAAGCGAUGGACUCAUUGGACCCUUCAGAGCGUAGAUACCUUGAAGAUGACGACACCCCCAUGAUGAAGGUAAUUAAGGGUACAACUAGUGGUUUAGCAGCUGGAACAAUCUUUGGUACUGUUGUGGCAACCUGGUAUGACGUACCACGUGUUGAGAGAAAAGUCGCGUUACCAGGAUUGAUAAGGACAUUGAAGAUGAUGGGAAACUAUGGGGUGACUUUUGCUGCAAUUGGUGGUGUUUACAUUGGUGUUGAGCAGUUGAUGCAGCAUUAUAGGAUGAAAAGGGACUUUGUCAAUGGUGCAGUUGGUGGCUUUGUUGCUGGAGCUUCUGUUUUGGGCUUCAAAGGAAGGAGCAUUUCAACAGCAAUCUCCGCGGGAGCAGCAUUGGCUGUAACUUCUUCACUGAUUGAUGCUGGUGGUCAGACAACAAGAAUCGACAAUGGCAAAGAGUACUACCCUUACACACUCAAGAAAAGGCCAGCUCCCACAGAAUGAUCUCUCUACAAUGCUACCAUAUUUGAGAGGCAAAACAUCCGUUUACUCCCAGAAAAAAUGUACUUCAUUCUUUUUUGUAAUAUCUUUUUGCCUCCUGUCUUUUUUUACUCGAGAAACUCACUAACAGUUUGUUAGAGUCGAGUGUUGGAAUAAAUGCGUACUUCAAAUUUUGCAA